CUCACAUGACGCUAAAAUGAGCACUCUUAUUAUUAUUAUGCAGAAAGGUUUAAUCAUUUAUUGUAUUGUAUUUUAAUUAUAUUCUAAUUCUGAUAGUGUGCUCUAUUCUAUACUAACAAAUAGAAAAAAGGUUUAUACAUAAUAGCCUAAUUAGGCAAGAAGAAAACGUUUAGUUCAGAUACCAGUUGGGAAAUAGGAGUGUAUUUCAUAGGUUUGUCCAGCAGAUAGAGACACAUCCUAAUAAACCAAAAUGAAAAAGUUGGAAGUACGAUGUGGCAGGCGAGGCAAGUUGAAAAUGGCUGAUUCAGAUUUGGGCUUCGCCUCUGACAACGGAGUGUUGCCCGUCGAGGUGGACCCAGCAGCGGCUUUCUUAGCCCAGCAAGAGACCGACAUCGCGGUGAUAGAGAGCGAAAUCCCGGUGAUAGAGAAUAACGACGACGGAGGACCCGGAGCGUUGGACGGAUCCGUUCAACAACCGCCGGUAGCGGAUUCGCCUGCUCCUGGAGAAUACGAUGCCGGAUUUGCAGAGGCAUCAGCAGCCACGGUAAACGGAAACAGGUUUGUGCUGGAGUCCAACGGUCCAUCGGACAGCUAUGCGGCCAUCUCCCAGGUGGACUCUCUGAGAGCAGAGCCUGAGAGCCUGCGUAAGUGGAGGGAGGAGCAGAAGGCACGGCUGGAGCAACUAGACUCUGCGUCCAAGGCUGCGGAGGCUGAGUGGAAAGAGAAGGCCAAGAAAGAGCUGGAGGACUGGCAUGUGCACCAGAAUGAACAGAUGGAGAAGAACAAGGCCAACAACAGGAUUGUUGAUGAGACUUUCUACAAACAGCCCAACUCUGAAGUGCUAGGCUUUGUGGCAUCUGAAGAGGCCUUCCUGUCUGAGGCUGACGGUGACAGUCCAGGGACGGAGUGGGAGAAAGUGGCCCGUCUCUGUGACUUCAACCCCAAGACCAACAAGACAGCCAAGGACGUGUCCCGGAUGCGCUCGGUCCUCAUAGCCCUCAAACAGACACCUCUGGUGCGCUAGUACGGCCAAUGGAACGGAGGAGUGGUGGUGAUGUUGGUUUCCGGUGUCCCUUCUUUAAACAACGCCCGCUCUUGAGUUAUGAACCCUGUUUGCAUUUAGGCAGAAUGAGUACUAGCCUCUCAAUCAUAUAGGUCUUCUUUUGGUGUAGGGUUCUUUUAUGUUCGGACCCUCCUCUUCUCCGCUGUGUCCUGGUGUAGUGUCCCUCUUCUCCGCUGUGGCUCGGUGGAGUGUCCCUCCUCUUCUCCGCUGUGUCUCGGUGUAGUGUCCCUCCUCUUCUCCGCUAUGUCUCGGUGGAGUGUCCCUCCUCUUCUCCGCUGUGUCUCGGUGGAGUGUCCCUCCUCUUCUCCGCUGUGUCUCGGUGGAGUGUCCCUCCUCUUCUCCGCUGUGUCUUGGUGUGGUGUCCCUCCUCUUCUCCGCUGUGUCCUGGUGUAGUGUCCCUCCUCUUCUCCGCUGUGUCUCGGUGGAGUGUCCCUCCUCUUCUCCGCUGUGUCUCGGUGGAGUGUCCCUCCUCUUCUCCGCUGUGUCUCGGUGGAGUGUCCCUCCUCUUCUCCGCUAUGUCUCGGUGUAGUGUCCCUCCUCUUCUCCGCUGUGUCUCGGUGUAGUGUCCCUCCUCUUCUCCGCUGUCUCUCGGUGGAGUGUCCCUCCUCUUCUCCGCUGUGUCUCGGUGGAGUGUCCCUCCUCUUCUCCGCUGUGUCUCGGUGGAGUGUCCCUCCUCUUCUCCGCUGUGUCUCGGUGGAGUGUCCCUCCUCUUCUCCGCUGUGUCUCGGUGGAGUGUCCCUCCUCUUCUCCGCUGUGUCUCGGUGGAGUGUCCCUCCUCUUCUCCGCUGUGUCUCGGUGGAGUGUCCCUCCUCUUCUCCGCUGUGUCUCGGUGGAGUGUCCCUCCUCUUCUCCGCUGUGUCUCGGUGGAGUGUCCCUCCUCUUCUCCGCUGUGUCUCGGUGGAGUGUCCCUCCUCUUCUCCGCUGUGUCUCGGUGGAGUGUCCCUCCUCUUCUCCGCUGUGUCUCGGUGGAGUGUCCCUCCUCUUCUCCGCUGUGUCUCGGUGGAGUGUCCCUCCUCUUCUCCGCUGUGUCUCGGCGGAGUGUCCCUCCUCUUCUCCGCUGUGUCUCGGUGGAGUGUCCCUCCUCUUCUCCGCUGUGUCUCGGCGGAGUGUCCCUCCUCUUCUCCGCUGUGUCCUGGUGGAGUGUCCCUCCUCUUCUCCGCUGUGUCCUGGUGGAGUGUCCCUCCUCUUCUCCGCUGUGUCUCGGUGUAGUGUCCCUCCUCUUCUCCGCUGUGUCUCGGUGUAGUGUCCCUCCUCUUCUCCGCUGUGUCUCGGUGUAGUGUCCCUCCUCUUCUCCGCUGUGUCUCGGUGUAGUGUCCCUCCUCUUCUCCGCUGUGUCUCGGUGUAGUGUCCCUCCUCUUCUCCGCUGUGUCUCGGUGUAGUGUCCCUCCUCUUCUCCGCUGUGUCUCGGUGGAGUGUCCCUCCUCUUCUCCGCUGUGUCCCGGUGGGGUGUCCCUCUUCUCCGCUGUGUCCCGGUGUGGUGUCCCUCCUCUUCUCCGCUGUGUCCCGGUGUGGUGUCCCUCCUCUUCUCCGCUGUGUCUCGGUGUAGUGUCCCUCUUCUCCGCUGUGUCCCGGUGGAGUGUCCCACUUCUCCUCUGUGUCCUGGUGGAGUGUCCCUCCUCUUCUCCGCUGUGUCUCGGUGGAGUGUCCCUCCUCUUCUCCGCUGUGUCUCGGUGUAGUGUCCCUCCUCUUCUCCGCUGUGUCUUGGUGUGGUGUCCCUCUUCUCCGCUGUCUCUCGGAGUGUCCCUCCUCUUCUCCGCUGUGUCUCGGUGUAGUGUCCUUCCUAUGUUUAACUGGAGGAAAGGUAUUUUGCCUCUCCCACCAUCUUUCCUUAUUCUGAUGUAAUGUAUCCAGUGGAAAUAUAAGUCACUACCUGAAACAUGGAACGUUCUUGACUGUUCAUGUUCUUUUUAACUUCCCUCAGCAAUGCUUCCAUUUGACCACUACAUUACUGACGUUAAGAAAAUAUUGUUACUGUAAAUUCUUUAUUAAACUCCUUCCCUCUCCUAAACUACAGAGGGCAUUGGGUCAGAUCCCUCUCUCUUAAGCAUAAUGGACUCUCCCAAUUAAGUGUUUUUGUAAUUUUAUAAAAUACCAGAUUAGGUUAAUCUCCACUGUAAUUUGUAUUUUAUUUCAUGUGAAAAGGUCUAACAUAGCCAGUCCUGUUCAGGAACUACAUUAGGAGUCGAUUGUAAACCACCUAUGCCUGUUUUUUUUAUUUAUUAAGAAUUGAUUAAUUGACCUAUUCAUUCACUGUUGAAUGAUAUUCCUAAUUGAUUAUUUAACGGUAGCUAAUAGAAAUUUGAGAUGCUAUGAGCUUGUGGCCUUGUUGAACUUUAAACUCCUCCUUACUCCCGUUUAGGGUUUGUGCUUUUGGCCAGAUGAAUUUCCUUCCCAAGCUAGACUACUUAUAGCCUGGUUUCAGAUCUGUUUUUGUGCAGUCUUGCCAAAUGUGACAAUGACCCUUUUUUUUUAUACAUAUGUUCUAUGCAAUAACCAUAAGAGUUGGCAGGACAGCACAAACAGAUCUGGGACCAGGCUAGACGAUGUAGUCUGCUCCAACAAAUAAGUGUCUUCACAUCCAACGAAUCAUUCUGAGGUAGAUCCUCAGUAAGGAUCAGAAGAAUUCACAUACUAGGGGGCUUGUUGUGCCAUUGUUUUUAGGCUGUAGAACCUUGGGGGUACUGCCCCAUCCCCCCUGGAUAGAUCCACGUGUCUCCUUACCUCUACUUUAGGCACAAGUGGUCACCCUCUCUUCACUUUUCUCACUGUCAGCCGUGAAGGAUAAUUCUUCCCAAGUUUUACCAGUGAGACGGCUAUGCAGCAUCUGCAUACCAACCAUUUGAUCUGGAUCAGUUUUAUGGGAAUAUACCUCUUAGAUCUUAGUUAUGUAGUGUUUUGAAUGAUGCACAGUGAGUGAAUUUUACAGCAGAAGGUGUUAUUAAAACUGAAGCAAAUCUGUGUUUUUGUUUCAAUCAAAGCACUUUUGUUGUUGUCUAGUAGCACGAGUUAUGAGAGAGAUGCAACCAUUUUAAACAAUCAUCCGGAAAUCAGGUGGGGGGGUUUUUGCCUUACAGUAACAUACUAUUAUAUUGGUUUCUGUUCUGUAUAAUAUCAUGUGAUCUUCCAAACUUUGAUCUAACUUUAAGUGAUAGCCAUUCAUCAGAGUAGCCUGCAGAGACUGUGGAUGUAGAGAAUCCCCCACAUGUGCAAAACCUUUAACCCUGGGAAGAAAAUCCCGAUCCACAGCCACUCUGUCUUUAAGAGUCCUCAUAUCAUGGACAAAUUAAACAAGAAAUCUAGAAUGACAUGGACAUGUUGUAAACAGUUUGAUGAAAGCUAGUCUGUUGAGUCAUAUUUUCAAACACUCCCCCCCCUUCAUUUAAACUGCGUUGUCUCAAUCUGUCAUCAGCUGUUGUGUAUUGGGACAUUAUCACACAGAGAAUGUUACACAGGAACUGGAAAACUCAUCAAUAAAAAAAUCUCAUAUCUGCC